GGGAUACCUUCUCAGUCCAACACAUCCUAUUGCAGUCUCCUAGAAAUAAAGAUAUAAAUACCUCGGCUUCAAGUCUACCGCAACUGAAUGAACCUCUCCCUCCACAUCACCAGCUAAAGUCAUUCAACUACAGCGAUGGAUCAGUAUAACACGAAAGAGGAUGUCCGUAAGUUAAGCAUCGUCGACCCCGAGCUCGAAGAAGUUCUUCAACAUAGCCCACCAUUUGCAAUGGACUUUUCAUCACCCGUGGAGCAAAUGCGCCAAAUAGUUUCGGCAAUGGAGAAGACCGCAUACGAGUCCUGUCCAACAUUUGACACCCAGGAAACUGUGAUUGAUAUCCCGAUGCGUGAUGGGUAUCAGAGCAACCUUCACAUUGUCAAGCCAGGAAACUCAUCCGGGGCAAACCCUGUGGUGGUUCUUAUAUUUGGUGGAGCUUUUGUGAUGGGUACAAAUAUCCAAUCGAUUGUCUGGGCCCGCGCAAUCGCAUCUCUGUACGGUGCUACUGUGGUACAACCCUCCUAUCGGCUAGCACCAGAGCAUAAAUUCCCGACGGCCCCGAAUGACAUAUGGGAUAGUGUGCAAUGGAUCGCUGCCAAUGCACCCGCGCUUGAUGCAGACUUGACCAAAGGAUUUGUGAUUGGUGGUGGAUCAGCAGGCGGAAACCUUGCAAUUGUCACAGCACAUCGUUCCGUAAAAGAGAAGCUCUCUCCGCCCAUCACAGGCGUUUUGGCCAGUAUUCCAGUAUGCAUGAGCCAAGAGACUGUCCCAGAAAAACACAAGGACCUUUGGGUAUCUCGGGAGCAAAACGCCUAUGCGCCGGGAAAUCCUGGUCUCGAUUCAAAAUCUAUUGGGGGAUAUGAGGCUCUCUACCAGCAGGAUUUCAAGUCAGAGGACUUUUCGCCCUUUAACUCGACCGUACCAUUCUCGGCUCUUCCACGAACGUAUGUUCAGGUCGCAGGGCUAGAUAUUCUCCGCGACGACGGCAUUGUUUAUGCAAGGGUUCUGAGUGAGAAUGGUGUUGAGGUGAAACUGGAUGCCUACCCUGGCAUGCCACAUGGCCAUUUUAAUUUAUGGCCACGCCUGAAGCAGUCAAUCAAGUCUCAAGAGGAUACUAUAUGGCAUGCGGGAUGGCUUUUGGGUCGCCAGGUGCCCAGGGAAAGGGUGGAAGAGCUUGUAGCGGUGAUUGUGAAAUAAUAUGUUUUGGAUAGUUGUAGAAUAUCAACUUUUCAAUUCAUUAUGUCUUAAACCUGGGGCCGUAAUGGUAAAUCGACUGGAAAAAAGAGUCUGGAAAGGAAGGGAAUGUGCCAGUUUCGAGAUUGUCAAGGCAAAGUACAAUAGUAGAUUAUAAGGUAUUUCCAUCUAAUGGAGAAGAUUCGAGAAUAUAUAUUCAAAUUGACUAUGUUUAGAUCUUUGUAAUGUCUCAAUUCUACUAGUUUUGGUGGUUA